GGAUUAUUAUCAGGCGUGUGGAAUAAGGAAACUUGCCCAAGGUUUCGUCCUGCCGGGAAUCGAACCCAAGUCUCUCACUUGCAAGGCGAUUGCUCUACCCACUGAGCUACAGGACUCGUAAUGCCGUUACACAAGCUAACACUUUCAGUAAGUGUCAAGGGUCAGGAAAUCCACACUGUUUGAUUGAACCGAAUCAGAAUGAAAUACUGGACAAUAGUACUGUCAGUGCUAGUCCACCUCCUGGCUAAAGCCAGCUCAUAUCCCCUGGAUGAACCUGAGGAUGGAGGCAAACACUGGGUAGUCAUCGUUGCCGGAUCCAGUGGCUGGUACAACUACAGGCAUCAGGCAGAUGCUUGCCAUGCCUACCAGAUCGUGCAUGACAAUGGCAUUCCAGACGAACAGAUCAUCCUCAUGAUGUAUGACGACCUGGCCUUUAAUGAGGAGAAUCCCACGAAGGGCAUUAUUAUUAACAAGCCCAAUGGAUCGGAUGUGUACGCAGGCGUUAUCAAGGAUUAUACAGGAGCGAACGUCACCCCACAGAAUUUCUUAGCUGUUCUCAAGGGAGAUGCAAAAGCCGUACGGGGCAUUGGAACUGGAAAAGUACUUAAAAGUGGACCCAAGGAUCAUGUGUUUGUUUAUUUCGCUGAUCAUGGAGCUGAUGGACUGCUUGCAUUUCCCAACGAUGAUCUUCAAGUUGCUGACCUGCAGGAUGCCAUCAAGUACAUGCAUGAGAAUAAGAGAUAUGGAAAGAUGGUGUUUUACAUUGAGGCUUGCGAGUCUGGCUCCAUGAUGGUCGACUUGCCGGACAAUAUUAACGUAUUUGCCACUACAGCUGCCAAUCCAGAGGAAUCGUCCUAUGCGUGUUACUACGAUAAGCUGAGAGAUACCUAUUUGGGCGAUGUGUACAGUGUUGUUUGGAUGGAGGACUCUGAUGAGGAAGACUUGGCCAAGGAGACUCUACAUCAACAAUUCAGAAUUGUAAAGCAGCACACCAAUACAAGCCACGUACAGGAGUACGGGAAUCUGACAAUCUCCCACAUGAAAGUGAUGAGGUUUCAGGGCAAAAGAAAACACCAUCCCCUCACACCACAAGCUCCGCUAAACAUUGUGGACGCUGUUCCGAGCCCAGAUGCUACUCUUUCCAUUCUGAAACAGAAGCUGAUGUCGACAAACAGCAUUGAGAAAAGUGACAAGCUCCUGAAUGAGAUCAACGCACAUCUGCAGGCCAAACACUUAAUUGAGGAGUCGAUGAAGAAGAUUGUGAACAAGCUCACCAAUUCAGAGCAGUGGACGUCCCACAUUCUGAACUCCCGCAAUCGAAUUCGAGCUCACGGCUGUUACCAGGCUGCAAACUAUCACUUCAAAACCCGCUGUUUCAACUGGCACUCACCCUUGUACGAAUAUGCACUGCGACAACUCUACAUUCUGGUCAACCUUUGUGAAAUAGAGUUCCCCAUGGACAGGAUCUUUCAAGCCAUGGAUGAAGUGUGCCUAGCAAGGAGUUAAAGCACUGAAUUGCACUGUUUUGUUUCGUGAAGACAAGUCACUUAAUCGCGUGAAAUAAAAGUUCCAAAUAUAUUGGCUAAACUAGGAUUCAAUACUUAUCUUUGCCGCGGGAUGAAUUGUUUUUUUUUUGGAAAAGUAAUUUGCUGUAUUUUAAUAUCCUUCUAAAGUGAGAACAAUUAGAUUUUUUUAAAAAAUAUUUUGAUGCAAAAAUUGAAUGUGCUUCGAACAGUGUGUUUAACUUGCCCUACUCGCGCACACAAAGUAACUUGCUCCUUCUGGAACCUGCACUUUUUUAAAUUAAGCCUAAGAUUUAUUUCCUGCAAGUGUGCAAGUCUAUGUGUAAUUGGAUGUAAACAGGGCAGGGAACGGGCAAAUCACUGCUAAAAUGCCGUGACAUGCGCAGCUGUGAACAUUAUAUAACCGCUUUAUCACGGACUCAUAUGUUCAAUUUGAAAAGAAAUAAAUACAAUCAUUUCUGGAAAAAAAAA